AUGUUACUGGCUGAUGUUAUUACUCUUCCAUGCAGUGACCUCCAGGUGGAUCCCCAAGAUAUUGUUAUGCUCGUAGAAGACAGCAACCAGUCCAUGCUAAUAAUGGAAAUAGCAGAGAGAAGUCAUCAACUGAGGCAAAUGAGGGGCGACGAUCUCCAAGGAUUAAAUGUUGAAGAACUACAGCAGCUAGAGAAAUUUGUGGAAGUUGGGUUGAGUCGCGUGAUAGAGAAAAAAGGUCAAAGGAUUAUUAGAGAAAUCAGUGACAUUCAAAGAAAGGAAGUUGAAUUGAUGGAAGAAAAUGAACGAUUGAAGCAACAAGUAUUGCAGAUAUCCGAGGGUCGAAGACAAGUUGCCGGUGACUCGGAGAACAUCUUUGAGGAAGGUCACUCGUCGGAGUCAGUGACCAACAUUUGUACUUCCAACGGUAAUCGACACGACUAUGAAAGAUCUAUCUCUAUAUUUUGCUUAUCAUCAUGA